CCAUAUCGCUUUUCCGCUCAAAAUAUGCCUCAUGUAAUAUAAGGCAAUCAAAACAGAUGCGGAACGCGUAGCGGAUCUAGUAAGAUUUUGUGUUCCGCGUUUCCGCGUUUCCGCGCUUCAUGUAACGGCACCUUCAAGAAUACAUUUUAUGGUAUCUUAGGGGAUGUACGCAGCGUAUCAUAAUAAUUUGUUGAAAAUAAAUACGUGACCUUCGUUAGAAUAAAAUGGAAACAAAAAUAAUUAUUCUGAGCUUCUUUGUACUUUGUUUACUCACGAACAGUGAGACUCAAAAUACAAAAAAGAAAUCAUGGCGCGACAAAGAUAUACGAGAUAUGACAGAAGCUGAUUUAGAAAAUCUAUUGGAUCAGUGGGAAGAAAAUGAUGAACCUCUAGAACCAGAUGAAUUACCAGAGCAUUUGCGACCCAGUCCAAAAAUAGACUUGUCUAAGAUAGAUACUACAAACGUAGACAACUUACUAAGAGCCACCAAAAAGGGAAAAGGUGUUAUGAUGUUUGUAGAUAUGAAGCCAGAUAUUUCAGAUGAGCAAGCUGAUAUUGUGAUGCGUAUUUGGCAGACUAGUUUGCAAAAUAAUCAUAUUAUUGCAGAGAGAUAUCUAAUCGAUACUAGACGAUCAAUAUAUAUGUUCCGUGAAGGAUCUCAGGCUGUGGAUGCUAAAAACUAUCUGCUAGAACAACCUGAACUGUCUCAUCUCACUCUUGAAGGACAGACUUAUUACAGUGAUCCUCAGCAGCAGGCUGCAGCUGAUGAGUUAAUAAAAGAGCAAAGUGCAAAAGCGAAACAAAACAGGGUUGAUCUGUAACAUAUGCUCCGUGAUAUGUUUCCGCGUAAGCAUUUUUCAAACGUUUCUACUUGUAUACUUUUAUAGAUAUUUUUUUGAGCAAUAUUUUUUCAAUAUUUGUUAGAGAUAUAAUUGUUUUUAUGAAGCACAAUGUUACAUGUGCAUAUACUAGAACAUAUGGGCUAAAUAAAGUAGUUUCUAUAGUAUCUA